AUGGCCGACGAAGCACGAGUGAAGCCCUGGCUUCGACCAGCCUUGAAAUCAUAUAUCCUUAUCAACGCUAACGUGGUCGAUGUUCAGGAUGGCUCAACUCGCUCAAACGCAGCCGUUCGCGUCAAGGCCGGUCUGAUAGAAGCCAUCGCCGACUCCACCGCGUCCGCCGUUGAAGAUGCCCAGCGCCAGGGCUUCCAAGUCAUCGACUGCAAGAACGGCUUCAUCUGCCCUGGUUUGAUCGACUCGCACGUCCACGUCAUGGCUGUCCCUGGCUUCGGGGAUAUCUCCAAGGCAUUCGGUAAUCCCAAUGACGUCUCCGUCCUCAGACAGCCCUACGUCUGCGCUCAGAUGCUGUACCGCGGCUUCACCACCGUUCGGGACUGUGGUGGCGCGCUGCUGGCUCUGAAGGAGGCCAUUAACGACGGCGUGUUCCCCGGCCCACGACUCUUUAUUGCUGGCCACGCUCUUUCGCAGUCUGGUGGACAUGCCGACUUCCGAGGGGCCCACGAUCCCGAGUUCUGCUCCUGCGGCUCCUUGACGGGGCUGGGUCGCGUCUGCAACGGCAUAACUGGAUGCAUGCAGGCUGUUCGGGAGGAGAUCCGCACGGGUGCCGACUUCAUCAAGAUCAUGGGAUCGGGCGGUGUAUCGAGUCCCACGGACAAAAUUGACCAUCUCCAGUUCACUCCCGCUGAGAUCCAGGCCAUGGUCGAAUGUGCCGCCAACGCCGGGACAUAUGUCACAGCGCACGCCUACACGUCCAAGGCCAUCCGCCACUGCAUUGAGAACGGAGUCAAGGGCAUCGAGCAUGGCAACUUCCUUGACGUGCCGACGGCCAAGCUCAUGGCCAAGCUGGGCUGCUACCUCACCCCAACGCUCGUCACCUACUCUGAGAUGGCUUCGGAGAAGUGGGCAGGCUACCUACCCCACGACCUCGCGUGCAAGAACGCCCAGGUCCUCAAAUAUGGACUGCAAGCCCUCAAGAUCGCAGCCGACAAUGACGUAACCAUCUGCUACGGCUCCGACUUGCUUGGACCCCUGGGCCAGGCCCAGGCAGGUGAGUUCGGUCUCCGCGCGCAGGUACUGACGCCGUUGCAGAUUAUGCAGAGCGCCACCAUCAACCCUGCGCGUAUGGCCGGCUGCGAAACCUCGCUGGGUCAGAUCAAGGCCGGGUUCGAAGCUGAUAUCCUGGUGACGACCGCGAACCCGCUGGACGAUGUCACGGUGUUCGAUGAUGCUGACAAGAACAUCAUGAUAGUUAUGAAGGAGGGAAGGCUGACGAAGAGCAGGUUGGAGGGCGUCCAAGAAGAUAUUGUACCGGUCCGAGUUAAAUCAUUCCUGUAG